AUGCGAGCAAUUUUUCACAAAGGCGAAGAAGAUCUUGAAUCUGUAUUCGAAAGAGCAAUCUCUGACACAAAAAACGAAAACUAUGCACUUACAUUUGAACUUGUACCAGUCAUUAAAUACAUCGAAAGCAAUAUUGAUAGUUUUAUGACUGCCAAAGCUACUUGUGAACUUCUUGAGGAAGGUGUGGCAGCCAUUUUCGGGCCUUCAAGCCGGUAUACUAGUGGGAUAGUUGCGAGCAUUGCUGCGCGAUUUAAAAUACCGCAUAUCGAGUAUGUCUGGCGAGAAAGGGAAAAAAAGAAAAAGAAGAAGACUUCACCAUCAAUGACCAUAAACAUAUUCCCUGCCAGUGAACAAAUCAGUCAGGCUAUCGCCGAUGUCAUUGAUUCAAUGAAAUGGCAAAAAUUCGUAGCGAUUUACGAAACUGACGAAGGACUGUCACGUCUUCAGAAGACUUUGACUUUAAAAGAAUAUCCGAUUAUACAUACAGUAUGGAAGCUUAAUGAAGGAUCGGAUUAUCGCUCGAUGCUUAAAAAGAUACGUCAUUUACCAGUGUGCAACAUAAUUAUCGAUGUUAAGCCGAAAAAUAUUAUGAAAGUGCUCCAUCAGGCAAAAGAAGUCAAUUUACUCGCAGAUUAUUGCAACUUCGUUAUUACAUAUUUGGAUAUAUCCAUGCUACCUAUUGCCAAGAUGCGAAAUAAUGUUAAUACCAUUGUUAAUAUCACUGGAUUGAGCAUAAGAGAGAAUGACGUAGAAAAAAUUGAUGGGCUAGAUUCAAUGGUCCUCUAUGACGCAGUAUUUUUGUUGCAUAAGGCAUUAGAGACUCUAAACGCAAGAAAUAGUAAAAAUAAAGUAUAUAUGUCCAUUGAUCCUAUACGAUUUUCUUGUAUCAAUAAAACUACAUUGUAUGAAGCAGGACCUAAUAUCAUCAGUGUUAUGCAAAAGAUAUCAAAGAAAGGAAAGAUAACAGGCAAUAUGUGCAUUGAUAAAUAUGGUCGUCGACAACGUUUUAAUGUAAAAAUCUUGAAUUUUCAACAAUCGGAUGUGAUACAAAUGAGUUAUUGGGAUUUUAAUGGUAUACAUGCCACACAGAUUAAGGAAAAGAAGGAUAUCGAUUUACACAAAUUCAUGAAAGAAAAAAUAUUCAAGAUUAGCAUAAAGAUAAGUGCACCCUACAUUAUGGAAGUGACUGAUGGUUCAACGCGUGGAGAACUAAUUGAUUGGAAACGCUACGAAGGUUUUUGCAUCGAUCUGAUUAAUCAUAUCGCAAAACAUUUACGGUUUAAAGGGGUAGUUUUCCAACUCGUAAAUGAUAGAUAUGGCUUUUACGAUUCACAAACGAAGACCUGGCAUAGAGGUCUAAUCAAGAGCAUUUUGAAUAAUGAAGCCGAUCUUGCUAUAUCCGAUUUAACUAUAACAUCCUUCCGCGAAUCUGUUGUGGAUUUCAGUUUGCCUUUCAUGACCUCGGGUUAUAGCAUUAUGUUUAGCAAACCGGAAAAGAAAGUGCCACCUCUUUUCCCUUUCUUGUUGCCUUUAUCUACAAAAGUAUGGAUCUACAUGGCUAUUGCUUAUCUCGUCGUAUCAAUAAUGUUAUUUGUUCAGGCAAGAAUGGCACCUGAUGAGUGGAACAAUUCGCAUCAUUUAUGCAAUGCUGAUCCUGAAGAACUCAAAAAUAAGUUUAACUUCAAAAAUUCGUUCUUCUUAAUUAUUAGUUUUUUUAUGCAACAAGGUUCAAACAUACUGCCCAAAGCAUCAUCUCUGCGCAUGCUUACAAGCAUGUGGUGCUUCUUUACUUUGAUCAUAUACAGCUUAUAUACAGCGAAUCUAGCCGCUUUUCUCACAGUAGAUAAAAUGGACCCUCCUAUUAAAGGAAUUGAGGACCUGCCCAAACAGUCAAAAAUUAAAUAUGGUGCACUAAGAGGUGGCGCAACAGCAGCAUUUUUCAAAAAUUCAAAUUACUCAACGUACAAACAAAUAUGGGCCGUAAUGGCAAACUCUAGACCAAGCGUAUUCACAUCAACUAUUGAAGAAGGCAUUAACCGAGUUCUCAACAGUAAACGACAAUAUGCCUUUCUCAUGGAAAGUACCACUAUUGAAUAUAAUACGGAGCGCAAAUGCGACAUAAUUAAAAUAGGCAAUGUGCUUGGAAACAGAGGCUAUGGUAUUGCUAUGCCACGCAAUUCUCCAUACAAAACACAUAUUAACUAUGCGAUCCUGAGAUUAAGAGAGAAAGGUAUACUGCAAAACUUGAAGACAAAGUGGUGGAAUAAUAAGGGAGGAGGUUUAUGCAAAAAAGAUGAAAUGGAAAAGAAUAAAAGCAUAUACGAAUUAGAGAUGGCAAAUGUUGGAGGUGUAUUCUUCAUUCUAACAUGUGGUUGCAGCGUUUCGUUCUUUAUCGCAAUUUGCGAGUUUCUGUGGCAUGUACGUAAAGUCGCUGUGAUAGAGAAGAUCUCGCUGUGGGAAGUGCUAGUUGCCGAGUUGAAAUUCGCCGUGAACAUCUUCGCAAUUACGAAACCCGUUAAAAUUGCCAAGAGCAGCAACAGUAACAUAAGUUUCAGGGAGGGUGGACUUGAUAGAGCUGUAUCCAGGGCUUGAUCUAUCAUUGAUAGAUCUAUCUUUCUUAUGAGUUGAUAUUCGGUAUUAUAGUCAGCUAUUAUGGUAAAAACCAGAAAUAU